GAGAAAAAAUGUCUCCUAUAUUAUCUGGUUCGCACUAAAAAUUACAGAUAAUAAAUUAAGGAAAUUUCAAAAAAGGCCAUUCGCACUUAGAGGACGUAUUAAAUUAGAGUAAUAACAUUAGGUGUUCGUUAAUGUGGGUAUCUAACAAACAUAUCAAAUUAAACGUCGUUUUUCAUCAAACUGUCGCAAUGAUUAUGCGCCAAGUUGGAAAACUGCCCCAAAAUGCGACGUCGUUACAAAGACAAAUUUCUACCGACUGUUUAUAUGUCUCGACAUUGUGUGGACGAAUGUGACUUGUGAGGACUGACUUGGAAUCGCAGGGUGCGCACUUUUUUGGCGCAGAGUUUAUCCCUGAGACUUUUUCAAGGAUACCAAAAUUCAACUUCUCCCAUAUCUCAUCUCUUACGAUUUCAGGGUGGUACUCCUGGAUCGCUAUGUUUUGUAACUUUAUGUUUCAGAAUUAACAAUGGAAAUUAAAGUUGACUAAAACACAGAAUUCAACAAGAAGGCACGAAACGAAAGAUAGCUAGUUACGAAUUCAAAGCUAGCUAGAAUAUGUUUUUACUAUAGAAACUUUAUUAUUUGUUUUGGUAAUUUCUAUUCAUUUAAGCUCACUAGCUAGUUAACAUGUUGGGUGUAGCUCUAGCUGGGUUGAUAUGUCCAAGAGGUUUUGGGUUCAAUCCCCAAAUAAGGUUGUUGUCAAGUUGGGCAAAAAUUACAAAAAGAUUUCAAAAGCACACUAUAGAACUUCUGCAUUUCCUGUUAUUUAUGUAGUUUGCAGUAUUUAGUGUGUAAUCCAGAAAUUUAUAUAAGGGCUAUUCUAUCCCAAAUGAGAAUUUUAUUAAGGUAGUUUGGAGUAAUGUUAUGGCGCCGUAGAUUAGUUUGUGGCGCCGUAGAUUAGUGGUUAUAGCUCUCGUACUCUGUGCGGGAGACCGGGGUUCGAUUCCUCUUGACGGCGAUUCAACAUGGGCGAGUGAAUGUUACCAUAGCCCCGGGUUAACCCAAGCCAUGUGAGGGAAAUUGGGAAGAUGGCACACUGUGUGGGCCGUUGGAUGUUGCCGGGAGUUGUCUAGUAGAGCGCGGGCUCCAAUUGGGUCUGCGUAGCUCAAAAUGAGCAUUAAAUACUCUAGGACUCUCCAUCUACGCCAUGGCCCCUCCUGGAAAUAAUAGACAGGGUAUAUCCCUCGAUAUUUGUGAGGCUAGCCAUGUAAAAUAUGCACAUCUAUCUAUCUAUCUAUCUAUCUAACAAAAUUAAGUUAGUUUCUAUUACAUUUUUCUCCAAUUAUUUUACUUUUCGAAGUGCUGGUAAUUGAAUUUCUGGAAGUUGAUAGAAAAUUAUACAUUAUUUAUCUCUUAUAAUAAUACAGAGAGUGUGUGUGUCUGUGACAGGCAAAGUGAAUGUGUUCAUUUUCUUUAAAGGAGUGGUCCUACGAAAUUUUCGAUUUUUUUUAUUUGUUCUUUGGAUUCUCCGAUAUUCAAUUAGUAUAAGUUUUUAUUCCUUUUUUUGAAAAAUUGUUUAUUGAUCUUUUAAUCAAUGUGCAAGGAUUUUCUUUUUAUUAAGAACCUUUUGCUGUGACGUCAUAAUUGGCGAUGUUAGUUUCGAAAAGCUUGAUACUCAGAUCACAUAUAUGAACACAGACAUAAUGAAGAAGAAUUAGAGUAUGAUAUUAUUGAAGCAGAAAACAAUUUUGGAGAAGAUGAGAACGGUGAUAAUGAGAUGGAAACCUUUGAUGAGCUUUUUACAGGCACAGGGCUGCAACUUUUUUUAAUUCGAGACCACCAAAUAAGAUGAUAAUACAAACAUUGUAGCUGAGAGAGAAACGAUAUUUUUAGUACAUAUAUAUAAAACAUUGGGAAAGUUUUGUGUUGGGAGAAACGAAUGGUGCAAGUGCGAUAACUGCAAGACUGAAACUAGGGAGAUUGAUUGUCUUUGUUGCACAGAAGUGGAUGAAUUAACAGACAAACAAUUACAAGGGUUAAUAAAUAUGGUAGGUGGUGUACACACUGUAGUUUUCAAGCUGUAGAAGAAAUGAAAACGUUAAUAUUGACCCUUUUAGCGAUCCUUUUAAAUAUAGAGUUUGAAAAGGCAUCAUUAGUUAGACUACAAUCUAAUGGGAUAGUUGGAUUAUCAAAUACUUGGGUAGCCACAGGAGAUUUUUGUUUUUCAUCAUGGAAUUUUGAAGAUUCAAAUCCGGAUGAGAAACUUUGGCAUACAUGUCUCGCUACCUCGAAUCCAAAUCAAAAUUGUAAUCUCACUACAGCAGUGUAUUCCAUUGACAAUGCCAGUAUAAUAUUUCUAAAAACAAAAACAUCUGUACGGUUAUGUUCCAGCAUAAAAACUACUGUACAAUGUCGUCACAAAUUAAAGGUGUUCUUAAUUACAACAUUCAAAAAUGGUACCCAAGUAACUACUUCCUUGGAAUCAAUUCCAACUGCUCCAAUACCAAAGUCUGUGGUGUCAGGUGAUUACUUUACACAUACUGGCAUUAUACAACUGGAAAACAUGCAUAAUGUAAAAACGAUUCAGCUAAUUUUUAACGCAAAACAAAAUUGUGCAAGGCUUUUAGUGGUUGAUUUAUAUUACUACAAUUGUCCUGUGGAGACAGACAAUUUACUUUCGUUUGUUGAAGUUCGUGCACCAAAUAAAGCUACUGGUCAUGUUAAGCUUUUAGGAAAAUGUACUGAUUAUUCAGAGUCAGUUACCAACAAGGAAAAAACUUUGACAUGUUAUUAUAAUGGAAGCUAUACAGUUACUGGUAGCUGUCAUUGCAUAAAAGGUUACACCAAAGUAGGAGUAAAAUGCAAAGAUUGUGCUGAAUACGAAUUCAAAACUAAAAGUGGAAAUGAGGCUUGCUUAAAAUGCGGAAACAAUACAAUACGUAAACUACCUCCAAGGUUAUCAUGUCCUUGUUUGAAUGGCUAUUACAGAGAAAAUGGUAAAACACAGGAUUUUGCAACAGGUUGUUACAAACCACCUGGAAAACCACUGCAUUUGACUGUGAGUGAAGUAAAAAGUAAUUCUGUGUAUUUGACUUGGAAAGCUCCAAUUGCAGGAUCAAAGCCCCUUGAUAACUAUGUUGUGGACUGUAGUAAUUGCCCCAAAGAACAUGACCAAUUCCCGUUAAGAACGAAACAGCUUUACAUCAACAUCACUGGUCUAGGGGCAUUUGCUAAUUACACAUUCCUUAUAUGGAAUGAAAAUUUAGUGACCAACCUGACAGCAAAAACUAAUUACUCGGAGAUCAAAACUCGAACUGGUUUGGGAAAACCUGGCAUGGUUCGUAAUGUCGAGUUUGUUACAAAUAACGAUGGUUCAGUUACAUUUACAUGGGAUCGUCCAUUUGUACAAGGUGGGCCUAAUCCAGUGUACGUUUUUCAAUACGAUGGAGAGCCUGAAAUAACCACAAGUCCUACUUUUACUAUACCUACUGGAACACAAGACAAGACUUACACUGUCAAGAUUUAUACACAGGUUACGUUUAAUGGUAAGACAAUGCGAAGCGAAGAAUAUUCUCAAAGUGUGCGGGUAAAAGGUGGAAUAUCUUUGACUCUUGCAAUUGGAGCCUCAAUUGGAGUGAUCAUAUUUAUAGUGAUUGUUCUUAUUUUGGCUUUUUGUUAUUGGAGAAGAACCCACCCCUCUUAUCUACAGGUUGUGCGUAUGGAAGAUGGCACUGUGAAACUGCCUGGCAGAAUGUUUCCAGGUGGAAAGUUGUAUGUUGAUCCUACCACCUACAAUGAUGUUGAUGAUGCUGUCCAAGAGUUUGCAUACGAGCUGGACCGUAAAGAUGUCAAAAUUGGCAAGCUGCUAGGCGGUGGUGAAUUUGCAGAAGUCUACAAAGGAACUUUGUUUAGAAAUGGGAAAAGUCUAAGUGUUGCCAUCAAAACACUAAAAGCUGGUGCAUCAAAACGUGACAGAGAUGAUUUUCUUGGAGAGGCAGCGAUCUUAGGACAGUUCUCCGACGCAAAUGUAGUCAGUUUAGAAGGAGUUAUCUUAAAAGAUCGUCCCAAUAUUAUCGUUCUUGAAUUUAUGUCGAACGGUGCCUUAGAUAAAUAUUUGCAGAUAAAUGACAUGCAGUUCACGGUAUUACAGUUGCUUGGUAUGGCACGAGGAGUCGCGUCUGGAAUGAAGUAUCUAUCCGAGCUGGGCUUUAUACAUAGGGAUCUUGCUGCAAGAAAUAUACUUGUUAAUGAACAAAAGGUUUGCAAGGUGUCCGACUUCGGUAUGAGUCGUGAAAUCAAAGUCGACGAGACGUACGACACGCAAGGUGGUAAAAUUCCGGUUCGAUGGACAGCUCCCGAGGCUAUUCAAUUCAAGAAGUUCACUACAGCUUCUGACGUGUGGUCGUACGGUGUGCUACUUUGGGAGAUUAUGUCAUAUGGUGAAAGACCUUAUUGGGAUUGGGGAAAUUAUGACGUACUUGAACGAUUAAACGCAGGAUACAGACUUCCUCCGCCGAUGAGCUGUCCGAAAGUAAUCCACGACUUUAUGUUGCAUUGUUGGAACAAGGACCGCACUAAACGACCGAAAUUUGGAGCAGCAAGAGAUCAACUGGAGAAGUGGAUUCGAAACCCGGAUUUACUUCAAGAAAUUGCAUCAGUUAUAACAAAAACCGAUGAAAACCUUGACUACACAGUAUUGCAAACCAUUAACAAAUGGUUAGAAGCGAUUGGUAUGUCGCGAUAUACGCACAACUUCAUCGAUCAAGGUUUCGCAACGCCACGUCAAAUCUUAGAUCUAACACUAGAGGACUUAGAGGCGUUGGGAAUUGCUCCGAUCGGUCACAGGAAAAAGGUUUACAAGGCUAUACAAAACACGAAAAUUCAGGUUGAAGCGCGCCACAACAGCGUGUCUAAACGAAAAGAGGCGGUAAACGUAUCGAAAAAUAAACCGAUUUGAUUGGUAAAGCUGUUGCUUGGAUACGUAAUGAUUUUUAAAUUUGUUAACCAAUCGUAAUUUUUGUUUGCAAAUUUUCUGACGUAUUAUUUUUUUAUGAAAACAUCAUAUAUGAAUACUCAGUGUUUUAAAAAAAUUUUUGCGAACUAAGUUUCUAGAUUUAGAAAGUCACGGCACUUUUUUUUUGUAAGAACACUCCCUUUACUUCAAGGACAGCGUCAUCUGCGACGGAGAAAAUAUAAUAUUUUUUUAGUGCACAUGUGAGAUCAGGGUAAACCCUCAAAUACAAAGUUGUCGUUCUCCAUUCGACUCAAAAAGUACUAUUUUGAGGUUGCUGGUAGAAGGUGGAAUUAUUUAACGAAGUAAAAAUGUCUCAUAAAAAUAUUGCUGAUAAAAGCAAACACGAAAAGCGAGUAUAAUUUUUUCUGCCAGUUUCGAUUUUUUUUUCUCCCGCAAUUUUUGACAGUGACUAUUUUUGUUUCAUGAAUUUAAUUUCAUGUCGAUUUCGUUUAAUUUUCCGUAAUUUUUGGCGCGUUUUUUAUACGACAGGCUUUCAUAAAAAGAUGUUGAUAAUGUCGUUCGCAGAUAGACCUUGUCCUUUUUUCGUAAACUCCCUGAUAAACUGAUAAAAGUCUUGCGUUCUUGCAAAGUUUGUUUUUAUUAAAAAAAAAAAACCCGUGUUUCGUGCUAAAUUUUAUUCAGCCUUUUGACCAAAUAUCCUUAAGUGUGUCAGGUAUCGCAUACAUAAUAUAAAUUUAUUUUUAAACGAGUUGUUUGUCACAUGAUUGUACAUUAUCAUAGAUUAUAUAAGAAUGAGUUUUUUUGUAACUUUUUUCAUUUUUUUACACAAGUAUUUUUUAAUUCUGCGUUCUCAAUAAAGAAGGCUUCAGUAAUGGCUUAGUGAACUGCUUUAAGUAGAUCUAGCUCAAACUCUCGUUAAGAUUGAAAUGUUCUUAAAAUUUACGCUGGUGAAACUCGCUAUUAUUUUGCCUUCUUCUUUAUACGUCCGCAAACUACGUUAGUUUUUUAUAUAUAAUUUUUUUACUUUAAUUUUUUCCGUAAUUUACCCUCAAACUAUUUUUGUGCGACGAUUUUUAUAUUUAUUUUUCUUUAUUUUUUCACUCUCUAUUUUUUAAGUUUCAAACUAUUUUGUAUUUAAAAUAUAUCAAUCAUUUGUUCCUGGGCUAGAACGAUUGGCGCCGAAUGCAUGUUUUUUUUCCAUUGGCAUUGAUCAGUAGAAUCUGUAUAUAUUUACUGUAUGUAUUUCUCGAACAUUAUGAUUUUCUGUCAUGCUGCACUGAUGGAUGUUGAUCUUAUUUUUUAGUUUUUAGUCAUGACUUAAAAGAUAGGCGAGUUUAGUGUGAUUUACCAACCACGUCUGAAGCUAAUGUCAUUACACUUUAGCACACUUUAGAACCUCUCACAUUGUUCUCCAUCAGAUGCAGUGAUUGUGUAAUUUGUACAUCGAGUGUUAAUUAAAAUUGAUUGAUGUGUACCGUAAUUAUUUGCUUAAGUGCCAUGGCGUUUAUUUUGGGUGAGGUGCUUACCCAUGGCGUGAGAUUAUUGUUGAUUUAGUCUCAACCUGUACCUCUCAAUAGUUUUCUAUUCUUUGAUGUUUCUGGAAAAAAUUAUGUGCGUAAACUACAACCUCGUUCUCAGAGCUUUUUGUUGCGAUAUUCUUGACAUAACACAAGUGAAAUAAGUACUGCACGAGCAACUCCCACAAAAUAAACGCCACAUUUUAUAUUAUGGUAAAACACUUACGCAAACACGUUUGGGCGUUUAAUCGAAUAAUUACAGUAUAUUUUGGCUGGCUUACAUCUUUCGUGACAAUUGUUAGUAUGUAGAAAUUUAUAAUUUAAUUUACUUCUGUACAGUCAGUAUUUUCAACGAUUUCAAAGAAUAAUCCAGAUAGCA